CCAAUACACCACAAUACUUCUUCUAACACUUCCCUUCUCUCUCUUUAUUAUCGUCUACUACAUAAAUCUCAAGCAAACCCAACACAACAUUUCUAUAACUUAUAAAACUCCCACAUCGAAUCCCAUACCAACCAAAUCUCGACUCCCACCACAUUAACAUUAUUCAUUAUUAUUACUCCGGCGACAAUGGUAGAUGUAGACCGGAGAAUGACCGGUCUUAACCCGGCCCAUUUAGCCGGACUCCGCCGUCUAUCAGCUCGGGCCGCUUCCGGCCCAUCACCAUCUCCUCCCACUCCUAUCCCUUCUCGUCUCUCUCUUCCUUCUCUCGCCUCCAAUCUCAUCACCCACCUCAAAUCCUCCGGUAUCCAAGUCCAACCCGGGUUAACCGAACCCGAAUUCGCCCGCUCCGAGGCUGAGUUCGGGUUCGCUUUCCCCCCUGACCUUAAAGCCGUCCUCCAAGCGGGCCUUCCCCUUGGGCCGGGCUUCCCUGACUGGCGCUCUUCUGGGGCCCGUCUCCAUCUUCGGGCCCUCAUCAACCUCCCUAUCGCAGCUAUCUCUCUUCAGAUCGCUAAAAACUCUCUCUGGUCCAAAUCAUGGGGCCCACGUCCUUCCGACCCGGAAAAAGCCCUUAAAAUUGCUAGAACUUCUCUUAAACGGGCCCCACUCUUGAUCCCCAUUUUCAACCAUUGUUACAUCCCUUGCAACCCUUGUCUAGCUGGCAACCCUGUUUUCUACGUCGACGAGAAUCACAUCUUUUGCUGCGGGCUCGAUUUAUCCGACUUCUUCGAACGCGAAUCCUUAACAACUAACAACACUUGUCUACAAAAACAACGAUCAAUCAGUGGAUCCUCGUCAUCUUCUUCCUCAUCAUCAUCAUCGUACUCCUCGAACUUCUCUCGGAAGUCUCUAGAAAGUUCUAGAACUCCAAGAUGGGUAGAGUUCUGGAGUGACGCAGCAGUAGACCGUCGUAAAAGAAACUCAAACUCAUCUUCUUCCCCAGAAAGAUUCUUCGACAUGCCCAAAUCAGAAAUGCCGGGUUGGGUCCAUGACUACAUUAAUUCAAUCGGGUCGGUUUUAAAACAAGGUGGGUGGGAUGAAACUGACGUGUCUGAUAUUGUCCACGUGUCAGCUUCUGGAUUCUUCGAAGGAGGUGAAAUGGUACUUUUAGAUAAUCAAGCGGUUUUAGAUGCACUCCUUUUAAAAGCGGAUCGUUUUUCGGAUUCAUUAAGAAAAGCUGGGUGGAGCUCCGAGGAAGUUACUGAUGUUUUUGGGUUUGAUUUUAUUGUACCGGAAAAGGAGAGGAAACCGGUGAAAAUACUUUCACCUCAGCUCGUUGAAAGGAUCGGAAAACUUGCUGAGUCGGUUUCCCGGUCUUCACCUAAAAUUAGCAUACAAUUACAAGCAUCAUAAUUGGCGGGGUUACUGGUAACUACGCAUAGAGAUUCUUUUCUCUUUACAUUUUCUUUUUCUUUUUUUUUUUAAAUUUUCUGGGUUUAUUAUUGUUAUUAUUAUUAUGAAUAAUAAUUUCUUUCUUUUUAAAAAUUAAUUUUAGAAUCAUUGGGUUUGGGUUUAUAGUUCUCUCUCUUUUUGGGAAAACGAAGCGUAGAAAGAGGGGGGAGAUUUACUCGGUGUUGUACUAUGAAAGGAAAGUGAAUACAGAGAAAAAAAAAAAGAUGGAUAUAUUAUAUAAAAUGAUAUUUUAAUAAUGUAAUGAAUACAUAAACCUUUUCUUUUGAAU